UGCCAACCCAAAACGUCGCCAGGAUGGGGUCGCACGCCGAAGGCAAUGCCAUGAGCAUAUUCUACGCAAGGAAGACAGCGCGAAAUUCACUCUUGGUCCAUCGGCAUAAGCCCUUGGAGUCCCUGUCGAGCGACGAGUACCUCGAGCGGACCGGUGUGAAACUCUUUGCCGAGGACGCGAUCAAGCAGCUCGUUUUAGACAGGUCCGACAACGCCGUGCGGUCCUUUGAGCGGUACUUUUCCAGCGUCGUGAUGCAGUCCCAUGUCGAAGGUCGAAAGUUUGAAUUCGUCAAUGCCAACGUGCGCAAUCGGGUGGCGUUCAUCUCGUACUUGGAGCAAAACUUUUCCAGUGUGGACGACAACACAGAACUGACAGUCGAAGACAUGCACCAGCUCUUAGCCUUGCGUUGCCCUGGGUUUCCUCGCCACGUAAUGAGUCAGGCCACGGCGCACAUUGACAUUACCCGCGGACCCAAGAUCCACUUUCGGCGUCUCUUCACAUGCUUCAAAGCGUGUUUUGUGUACAACGAAUUCCUCCGGUACACCCACGACAUUUACGGUCAAGUGCUCCAGGGCGACACCAAGAAGGCGCUGGACUCGGUCCUCACGGAGAUUCAAACGUCCGACCGGCGGCGAAGCAGCGUCAUCGCAGCCAAAUUCGGAGAGAAAAUCGUGCUCCAGUUGCAAGCGGCGCACACGUCGACGUCCGAGCAGUUCGUUGUGCCACCGAUCGAGAUUGCUUUGUAGCUUCAAUCACGUUUGAUGUGAUGCUAGGUUCUUCAUGCCGCCCAUGUCGUUGCUCGAAGUGUGUGUGUACACGUCCGUGUCAUUCAAGCAAUUCUGUGGGGCGUUCUUGGAGCAUCACGUCGUGGAAGCGGGAAUCCACGACCUGCAACUUGCCUAUGAAAAGAUGGCCAACGUGGCUUUUCGAUCGGCCAAUGGCAUCCACGAUGACAUGGAACAGCAGAAGGAAAUGCUCAAGAAGCGCCGGUCGUCCAAGUCCAAGAAAGGCUUUGCGUAACAUGCCUAAAUAUAACGAGUGUCUCAAGCUACC